CCUCAUGACAGAUAUAACCAGAGGUGCUUCUCGCAACCUGGUGAACAAACUGGAAAUUCAACAUGCCAAAAGGAGAAAAUAAAACUGCACAAGUUAUAGACGAUGACAGCGUUGUCACCGUGGUGCUCCUGGGACAAAACAGCGCUGAUAAGUGCCUGAUAGGAAACACCAUGCUUGGGUAUAACUGCUUCCAGCCAGGAAGGUCCAUGUAUCAAAAGGCUCUGGGAAGAAUGAAAGACGAGCUGCUCUACAUUAUAAACACCCCGGACCUUUUCUGGAGAAUAUUCCAAGAACCAGAAGCUAAUACUAUCGAGGAGAUGAAGCCAUCAUACACAGGUCCACGCAUGUUCCUCCUGGUGCUCCACGAUAAACAGCUGUCCCAGGAAGAGGUGGAGAUGUUUACCCAAAUGAAGGAGAGAUUUGGAGAGAAAAUGACUAAAAAUAUUACUGUGGUGUUGAUCGACGACAGAGAGACAUCAAGACAGUCCUGCAACAUAGCAGAUAUACACCUCAAAAAGAUUCUACAUGAAUGUGAGGAGAGAAUUUGUGUCUUCAGCAAAGAUACGGCAGACUCAGAUCUGGUCAGACAGCUAUUGAUACAUAUUACAAAAACGGCAGAGAAAGAGGAAGCUGAUCCUGGCAGAUUUCAUGAAGUUGACUCCGAACAACCAAAAACAAUGCCAGGGGAGAGUGACUGCAGUAUCAUCACCUUGGUGCUCCUGGGAUUGAACAGCGAUGACAAGUGUCUGAUAGGGAACAGUAUUCUCCAGUAUGAUUGUUUCGUGGCUGGAAAAGCCACAUGUGAGAAGGUUGUGGCUAGAGUAGCUGAUCAGAUGGUCUGUAUUGUCAACACUCCUGACCUUUUCUAUAAACCAAGCCCAGAUUCAAUAGCUGAUAGUAUGGAGGAGAUGAAGCUAUCAUACGCAGGUCCACGUAUGUUCAUCAUGGUACUGCAGGACAAAACUCUUUCACAGGAAGAGAUGGAGAUGUUCGCCCAACUGAAGGAGAGAUUUGGAAAGAAACAACUCGAAAACACGUUUGUUGUGAUUAUAGGUAGCGAAGAAAAUAACUUAAGCAAGAAUUUUGAAGCUGAUAAGACCCUCAAAAAGAUUCUAGAUGAGUGUAAGGAGACGGUUUAUGUUUACAGGAGUAAUGUGAAAAGCACUGAGCUGGUUGGACAGCUUAUAGGACAAAACAACAUGCAAGCAGGAAUCUGA